UAGUGCAGUUGGGUUCUUCGUCGAGUGCAGUGCUAUAUUACAUCACCACCAGCAUGUUUAUCAAGGUUAUAGCUCUGGCCUGCUUGGUUGCCACCACCCAAGCAGGACUUGUUCCUACCGCUGUCUCCGCCCAUGGCUUAGCCCUCGGUCCCGCUCCUGCUCUUCUCGCCGGCCCCUCCAUCCUCAAAGCUCCCCUGGCCGCCUACGCCGCUCCAGCCUACGCCGCUCCCGCCUACGCCGCCCCCGCUGUUGUUAAAGCCGCCCCAUCCGUCGACUACGUAGCUUACCCCAAGUACCAGUUCAACUACGGCGUCCAGGACGGCCACACCGGCGACCAGAAGACCCAGAGCGAAAUCCGCGACGGCGACGUCGUUAAAGGUUCCUACUCCCUGGUGGAGCCCGACGGUACCAUCCGGACCGUGACCUACACCGCCGACGACCAUAACGGGUUCAACGCAGUGGUGUCCCGGGCAGGGCACGCCGUCCACCCCGCGACGCCCAUCGCCGUGGCUUCCAAGGUGCUGGCGGCUCCGGCUUACGCCGCCCCCGUGGCCGCCCCCUUGCUGGGGCACGCGGUGGCGUCGCCGUACGCCGCACCGCUGGCCUACGGGGGGCUGCUCAAGGGUUAAUUGGGGUCCGGGACGAUGUGAUGCAUUGCUGAUUGUCAGCGGCAGUUAGAACAUUUACCUCUUAUGAUUUUUUUUAUUAUUAUUUUUUUUUUUGUAUUUUUGUAUCGUGUUUAAGUUUGUUCUAAUUGUGUUACACUGAAUGACGGGGUUCUUGUUCAGUGUAAAAUGUAUCAGUCGAAGGUCAGUCGGUCUCAACUUUGUGCCACUUGUAAUUUAUUGAUGGUUGGGAUCGGUUGAUGGUAUGAUGACCGCUUGAUGAUGGCUCAAGGCGAUUUUCUCUUCUGCUUAUAAUUUUAGGUUAUGUACAUAUAUAGCUCGUGCAGUAUUGUUCAUUUUUUACG